AUGGAGACACAGAAAAGUCAACCAGAAAAACAGCAGUCAGCAGCAGCCCUGGAUCCUGCCCUCACUUCAUGUCGAAAGAAGAAGAAGGAUGAUGCCACUUUUUUGGAGGAUUGGAAGGAUCAUAUCGAUGAGUUCAUUCGUGCAUCUAUGGAAGAGCACAAAGCUUGUUUUACUAAGAAUAUGAAGAAGUUGUUUGGAAUGUCGAAGAUUGCUGCAGAGAGGAGUGCUGAUGCUAAGGAAGUCGAAAGUUCUCUGUCUCUCCAAACUACAGUGGCAAAGUAG